CCUCAACACAAGAAGUAGAAAGGUGAAGGGUGCUUUCUGCUUUCUCUUCUCUCUGAUUCUGAUUCUGAGCUGGUGGUAGCGUAAUUUGAGAGAAAUGGAGAAUGAGGAGGGGAAGAAGAAGUGGGAGAAGAGCUACUUCGAUGUGAUGGGAUUGUGCUGCUCGUCGGAGGUGCCGCUCAUAGAGAACAUACUCAAACCUUUGCAAGGAGUGAAGGAGGUUUCGGUCAUUGUACCAACUCGUACUGUUAUUGUUAUCCAUGACUCUCUCAUCAUUUCUCAGCUCCAAAUUGUCAAGGCUCUUAAUCAAGCAAGACUAGAAGCAAAUGUCAGAGUGUAUGGGGACCAAAAGCACCAAAAGCAAUGGCCAAGCCUAUACUCAAUUGUGUGUGGUUUGCUACUUUUGCUUUCCUUGCUCAAGUUUGUGUACCAUCCAUUGCAGUAUCUCGCUCUCGGAGCGGUUGCUGCCGGUAUAUUUCCGAUCGCCCGGAAGGCCAUUGUCUCCAUCCAGAACCUUAGACUUGACAUUAACAUUCUCAUGAUCAUAGCAGUUAUUGGGACAAUUGCUAUGAAUGAUUAUUUGGAGGCAGGAACAAUAGUUUUUCUCUUCUCUAUUGCUGAAUGGCUUGAAUCCAGGGCAAGCCACAAGGCAAAUGCGGUUAUGUCAUCACUGAUGAACAUAGCUCCUCAAAAAGCAGUGAUAGCUGAAACAGGAGAGGUUGUUGAUGCUGAUGAGGUCAAAGUCAACACGAUCUUAGCAGUGAAGGCAGGGGAAGUGAUCCCAAUUGAUGGUGUGGUUGUUGAUGGAACCUGUGAGGUUGAUGAAAAAACUUUGACAGGGGAAUCAUUCCCAGUAGCAAAACAAAAAGACUCAACUGUUUGGGCUGGGACCAUUAACUUAAAUGGUUAUGUUAGUGUUAAAACUACUGCAUUGGCUGAGGAUUGUGUUGUGGCUAAAAUGGCAAAGCUUGUGGAAGAAGCUCAAAACAGCAAAACCAGCACUCAGAGAUUGAUUGACAAAUUUGCCAAAUUUUACACCCCUGCUGUUGUAAUCAUAUCAGCACUAGUAGCGGUGAUCCCAAUUGUAUUGAAAGUACACGACAAGAAACACUGGCUUCACUUUGCACUUGUUGUCUUAGUAAGUGCAUGCCCAUGUGCACUUAUCCUUUCAACACCAGUUGCUACUUUUUGUGCCUACACAAAAGCAGCUACGUCUGGUCUCCUCAUCAAAGGUGGUGAUUAUCUUGAAACACUUGCAAAAAUUAAGGUCAUGGCUUUCGACAAAACUGGUACCAUAACAAAGGGGGAGUUUGUGGUGACGAAUUUUGUCUCUCUUUCAGAUGAAAUUGAUUUGAACACAUUGCUUUACUGGGUGUCAAGUAUUGAGAGUAAGUCAAGCCAUCCAUUGGCAGCAGCUAUUGUUGAUUAUGGAAGGUCUCUCUCCAUUGAACCAAACCCAGAAAAUGUUACAGAGUUCGAAAAUUUUCCUGGAGAAGGAAUAUAUGGAAAAAUUGAAGAGAGACUUGUUUACGUUGGAAACAAAAAAAUUGCAACUAGAGCUGGCUCAGAAACAGUGCCUGCAAUGCGUGGUCAAAUAGGAAAGACCACAGGAUACAUAUACUGUGGAGCAACCCCAGUUGGAUUCUUCUCUCUAUCAGAUGCUUGUCGAACCGGUGCUCCGGAGGCAAUAGCUCAGCUCAAGUCAUUGGGAAUCAAAACCGCUAUGCUCACUGGAGACAGUCAAGGGGCUGCAAUGCAAGCACAGGAACAGCUAGGGAAUGCUCUGGAGUUGGUCCAUGCAGAACUUUUGCCAGAAGACAAGUUAAAGAUCAUCACAGAAUUCAAGAAGGAAGGGCCAACAGCAAUGGUUGGAGACGGUUUGAAUGAUGCGCCGGCGUUAGCUACGGCUGAUAUAGGAAUCUCAAUGGGGAUUUCAGGUUCUGCACUGGCUACUGAGACUGGGAACAUAAUUCUUAUGUCAAAUGACCUUAGGAAGAUUCCGGAAGUGAUUAAGCUUGCAAAAAAGUCGCACAGGAAAGUGAUACAGAAUAUCUUUUUGUCUGUGAUUACCAAGGCUGCAAUUAUUGGUUUGGCCAUUGGUGGUCAUCCACUUGUUUGGGCUGCAGUUCUUGCUGAUGUUGGAACAUGUUUGGUUGUCAUCUUGAACAGCAUGUUACUCCUUAGAGGAGAACAUAAUCAUGGAGAACACAAUCAUGGAGAAAACAAGCAUGGAAAUCAUGACCAUGAUGGAACACACAAACAUGGAGGGCACAAGCAUGGUGAACACAAGCACGGAGGAAAAUGUUGUAGACCUUCCCCUGAAGUUCAUGUCCAGAAAGAUGUAUGUGGUGGAACCGAUGGUGACUCCUCUCACCAUCAUGAUCAUCAUCAUGGAAAAUCCUCUCAUCAUCAUCACCAUCACAACCACCACCACCAUGAACAACUACAUCAACAUAAACAUCAUAGCCAUAAGCAUUGUGGCUCAGAGGAGACAAAACAGGUGUCUCUGCCUCAGAAGUGUGCCUCUGAGACCUGCUCCUCAAAGAAUGAACCCUGCCCUUCGGAUUCAAGAUUAGAUGGAAGUGUCAAGCAUCAUAAUGUCAUGGGAAGUCACGAACAUUGUAAGGGUCAUCAGAAGCAUGAUCAUAUUGAAGACCAUUGUCGUUCAGAAAUGCACAAUGUUAUUCCAAAUGCAGAAAACAAUGGUGCAUUACAUAGUUCUCAUUGCCAUGGGACAGAGCACUGCCACAAAGAGACUGACACAGCUACUCAUGAACAGGAAUCAUCACAUAGUUCUCACAAUCACAUGAUCCAUGGUUGUGAAAAUCCAAAAGGCCACAACCCGGAUCGAAAUUCAGGUUCCCGUUCUGAAAUUGAGAAGGCAGGGACAAGUGAAAUAACUAUUGACAUAGAUGAUGAUGUCAAAUCGGCCUCAAAGCACGGCUGCUGCAUGGAAGAGGAAGAAAACGAUUUGUGCUGCGAUGGUUGCUCGGACAAAUGCAAAGAACUUCCAGUGGCGUGUGAUUGCGAGAGCUCAAACGAGGCACAAGUCAUUAGUUCAUGCUGUAGCAGCAAUGAGGGAUCUACAAAAGAAUGCAGAGAUUCCACAAUUGUGCAUGCUUGUAUUAGUCUAAACAAGAGAGGGUAUGGGGGAUGCUGCAAGAGUUACAUGAAGGAAUGCUGUGCCGAGAAGCAUAGACAUUCAGGUGCCGGUUUUGGAGGAGGUUUGUCAGAGAUCAUUACAGAAUAUGUUUAGGUGUAUAAUAGCCUUUCUUUUCUUGAAUAUGAUGAAAUGAAAAAGAUAUCAUUACAUGCAAUGCAAAAAGAUAUUGGUCAUUGCUGAUAGUAUUGUAAAUAAAUAAAGGAAAGUUAGUUAUGUGAUCACAACUUGGUGGAAGCAACCUCCUCCAAUUUUGCCAAGGUGGUAUUGUCUAGACUAGACAGAAACAUUCAUCAGCAUUAGCACUGUGGCAACAACAUUUGAAGAUUUAGUUAAUUUAUAGGUUAAACAUUGUUAGUUAUGGUGGUAGUCACUUCUUGUCAUUUUAGUUUUACAUUAAAGGUGUUGUAUAGAUAUAUAAGGUAUUACUUAGGCUCAGUUGUUUGGGUAAAGGGCCCAUCUUCUCUUUAUUCAUGAAAUCAUGUCAGUGAUAUUACAUAUUGUACUAAUUUUGUGUUUUAUUGUGAUAUGCUGAUAAACUAACCACACUUCGAUA